UCUUACGUUUCUUGCACAGGAUGGCCGUCUCAAGCGCACUAUUUUCCCUCACGGUGGCCCUAUCCCUCUUGCUGAAUUCAGCGCUAGCGCUGGAGUGCCACACGUGUAACUCAGAGGAGGACGUGGGCUGUGGCCUCGAGCGCUUCAAGCCGCAAUUCCCCACGGAUGACUACGCCGAGUGUGACGCCUCGUCACGACGCACCCUCCAGGAGCUGCACUCGCUUGUCUUGCCGCAACUCCAACCUUCCGAGCAACCAACCAACCUGCCGCAACAGCACCAGGCCUGCCUCAAGUUCAAAGUCACUUCUAAGAAUUCGACGCAUCAGGUUACCUUUCGUGGUUGCUCCAAGCAGAGCUGCUCUGGUAUGCAGCAGUUGUUACUCGGUGCGUCCGACGCCAGGCUCGAGGGCUGCCACGAGUGCUCAAACAAAAACCUAUGCAACGCCGCUCCCGCAGCAAUCAGACUCUCGUCGGCCCUGGUCGCGCCCCUCCUCGCCCUUUUCUCCGCACGACGACCAAUUUGAAUCUCAUUUCGUGUAAUAAAAACUCUUCCAAAGCAA